GAUCCGAGUGUAUGCGCCGUUUACUGCAGAAUAAAUUGUUAAAGGGAAGCGUUUCUAGUUUCAAGAUGGUCUAAAUCGACCUGAAUAUAACCUAUAACCCAAUGUUUUUACUGACUCUGGAAAGAAAGGAUCAAUAAUAUAGUUAGGGAAAAAAAAAACUAAGAUGGAGAACCAGGAAGUGCUGAAGUCUCUGGUGUUUACUCUGAGCUACAUGCUAAUGAAACGGCGCAGGGAUGUAAACAAUGCAGACACACAGAGACGGCGUGAAGUUCAGCGGCGGGUCAGACAAAGGCAGUAUUUCCUACAGAGACAGAGGAGGAUGCUGAUGAUGUUGAUCGCUCAAAGCACAAGGCCCAUCACUGUGGCUCGGACUCGUGCCUGGUCCAACACACCUAGCACUGAUUGGUGGGAGCGAGUGGUCCUAACAGAGUUCCAGCCCUCCGAUUGGCUGGAGCGCUUCCGUAUGAGCAAAGAGACCUUCUUUCACCUUUGCAACAAGUUGAAGCCCUGGCUGGCACGGCAGGACACAUGUCUGCGCCCUGCUCUACCUCUUGAGAAGCGGGUGGCUUUGGUACUGUGGCGCCUGGCCUCAAACGUCGAGUACCGCACCAUCGGGGAGCUGUUCGGAGUGGGACGCUCGACUGUGUGCAAGUGUGUGCGUGAGGUGUGCCAUGCCAUUGGAGCCACUCUGCGCCCACUCUACCUCCGUGAGCCAAGUGAUCAGGAGCUGGAAGACGCCGCCCGCCUAUUUAGCACACGCUGGGGCUUUCCGCACUGCGUGGGUGCCGUCAGUAGCCUCCAUGUGCCCAUCAUUGCACCGGCUACUGACGCCGAUAGCUACUGGAACAGCCGUGGCUGGCAUUCUAUCAUUACCCAAGGUGCAGUUAAUGGCCUCGGGCAGUUCUGGGAUGUGUGCGCAGGCUUCCCGGGUGGCGCCGAACCUACAUCCAUUCUGCAGAACUCCUCUCUGUGGACUCUGGGGUGUGAGGGUAGGCUAUUGCCCCAGUCUCUACCUCGAAGUUUUAUGGGCAAGCAGUUGGGGUCUGUAGUCCUGGGAGAUGCUGGGUAUCCUCUUCAGACCUGGUUACUGAAAGCCUACAGCAAGUCAGACAACCUCACAGCUGGGCAGCAUGCCUUCAACCGGCGCCUGGAGAGAGCACACGCCAUUGUGGAUGAGGCUUUCCUGAAGCUCCGGGCUCGCUGGCAGUGCCUUUUAAAGAGGAAUGAUUGCCAUGUAGAUGGGGUGCCGGCUAUGAUUGUGGCAUGCUGUGUGUUGCAUAAUAUGUGUGAGGUGCAUGGCGAUGAGUUGGCAGAGGAGUGGCUAGAGGCAGCGAGGCGAGAGGAGAGCCCCAUGCCCACUCACAUUGUGCCCGUCUUGGACGAUGAUCCAGCUGGGGAGGAAGUGCGAGAACUUUACUGCCAGUAUUUCCUACAGCAGGAGCAUCAGCAGAACCAGCAAGAGCAACAGGACUGAAGCAGGGUCUCUACCAACAUAUUUGAAUACAGAGAAUUCAAACAUGUUGGUAGAAGCCAUGGCCUAAUGGUUCAAGAAGCAGCUUUGGGACCAAAAGGUUGCUGGUUUGAUUCCCUGGACCAGCGGCAAUGGCUGAAGAGCCCUUGAGCAAGGCACCUAACCUCCAACUGCUCCCAAGGCUGCUCUGGGUGCGUUUUGUGCGUCGCUCUGGAUAAGAGCAUCUGUUAAAAAAGCCAUUGAUGUAAUGUAAUAUAUUGUGAAUGCUGGAGGUUUAGAGCAUUUAGCAGAUGUGUUUAUCUGGAAGGACUUGGACAGAAGUGCACUGGUGCAACAGACUGAUGUGGGUGAACAUAUGUUGUUUUUCUUGAAGAUUAGCAUUUUCAGAAUGUAAAAAUUUACUGUACAGUGAAUAUUUCAUACUGCAGGACAUUGGUAAACGCUGAUUAGAGCAAUCGGACAUGAAGACAGUACUUUUUAUGCAAGGUUAAAACUUGUGUAUAAGAAACAGUCUUGGAAACAGCACACAGACUAAACAAGCCCAAAAAUCAUACUCCUUUACUUCAGUUUUACUACAAAGCUUAGUGUGUUAGUAUUGAUCAAAUUUAACUGAAGGAACAAACGUUUACAUUUACCCCAUUCACACUCACUGAAAACUGUUUAUUCACCCCAUUAUGUUGUAAUGGUGUCGUGUGCGCAAAUGGGAGCAGAACGGUAAAGUCAGUGUUAAAAUAGGUCUGAAAUAUACAACACCAAUUCCAAAAACAUUGGAACACAAAUAAAUAAAAGGUGAUCCUUUACAAAUCAAAAACCCUACAUUUCUUUGAAAAAUGGUACAAAGGCAACAUAUCAAAUGUUGAAACUGAGAAAUUUUAUUUUAUUAUUUUUUUAAAUACAUGCUCGUUUUGAAUUUGAUGUCAGCAACACAUUUCAGAAAAGUUGGGACAGAGGCAUGUUUACCACCAUGCUGCAUCACUGCUACUUUUUUUAUUUCAAAAUGUUUUUAUUGUUUUAAAAGGUAUUCAGAGCAAACAACUCAACAUACAUUUAUGCUGUCACAGAGGAGUGCACAAUAUCAGAAAGUACACUUCCAUAUAAAUUUACCUUCUCCAUUGUCACCCUAAUAUGAUGUCCCCACAAAUGGGGAACAUGUAAACAAGAGAAAAAAAAUAGAUAACAGUAUUUUAAUGAAAAGCUCAAAAAGAAAAAAAAAAAGGAAAAUUAUAAUGUUACUAAUAACAAAAAAGAAAUGAAAAUAGAAAACACGAAAAAAAAGAGGAGAGGGGGGUCAGAGGCAAGUAUUUUCUUUACUAUUGAGUAUAGUCAAGUCUUUAAUCGUCAAGAGAAGCUGCAUCAAACAUUUUCAUAAUCUAGAAAGGGCUGCCAUAUAGUUUGGAAUUUUUCUUUUGAAUUAUGUAUAAUGGUCCUGAUCUUUUCAAGCUGAAGAAAAAAAAACAUUACAUCGCUCACCCAACAUGAGUGCUUAGAAGGUGAGGGUGACUUCCAGUUUGUUAAUAUUAAACGACGAGCUAAUAAAGUACAGAACGCAAUCAGCUGUGAUUGGCCCUUUGACAAAGACGGUUCAGUGUGUACCACUCCAAAAAUGGCAAUUAUAGGAUCUGGAUCUAUUAUUUUUCUACAAAUAUUGGAAAAUGAUUUGAAAACAUCCAACCAGAAUGUACGUAGAGUUGGACAUAGCCAAAACACAUGUGCUAGGGUAGCACAUCACCGCUACUUUUAACACACUGAACAUUUGGGAAACUGAGGAGACCAAUUGCUGUAGUUUUGAAAGAGAAAAGUGUUGCCCCACUAAUUUAAAUACAUCAAAAGGGUGCCAAUAAUUGUGUCCAGUGUACAUUUUGUGCCUUUAUUUCAUAGAUGAUAGGUAUUGAACAAAAAAGCUUUCAUUUUAUGAAAUUUUAUAUUAAAUAUUCU